GUUCUUCCUGAUUUUCAUUGAAUUCAAUAUGACGACAAAUGCUAUUGUGGUCAAUAUCACUCUUGAUGGACAAAAUUAUCCGGAGUGGGCUUUCUGUGUUGAGACUGCACUCGGGGGACAUGGUUACUCUUUCAUUUGACUGAUGCGGCACCCGUACUUGCGGAUGAUCGUCGCAAUGCUGCUGAUAUCAAAACAUGGCAGCUUAAUGAUGGUAAAGUGAUGGCUUCUAUGGUGAACAGCGUCAAACCGUCUAUGAUUAUGAGUUUGUCUAAAUUUAAAACUGCUAAAGCCAUCUGGUCUCAUUUGAAGGAGCGUUUUGUUCAGGACAGUGGUGCUCUAUUACACACUCUCAUGCAGCAGACACAUGUUAUUGAGCAAAAUGAUAUGAGUAUUGAUGAGUACUACUCAGCCUUUGAUCGUCUGAUGAGUGCUUUGACAUCUAUGGUGCCUGCUUGCACUGCUGAUCCGUGUCCGGCUCAUAAGUUCAUUGAGAAGUUCUUCACUUACAGAUUUGUUAUGGGCGUUCGGGUCGAGUUUGAUUCUCUUCGUGCUCGUUUACUUCAGGGUUCUGACACUCUCACAAUGGCUAAGGCGUUGUCUGAUUUACUUGCUGAAGAGACUCGUCUUAAUUCUCUGUCUUCUACUGGUACUAAUACUCAUAGUGUAUUGGCUGCUGCCCAGAAACCUAAGAGUGUUUUUAAGCCUUGUGAUCAUUGUGGCAAGACCAAUCAUCGAUCUAAGCUUUGCUUUGUCAAGUUCCCUGAGAAGUUGACUGAUUUCCGUGCACGACGUGCUGCUCGUGAUCGUGGUCCAGGACCAUCUACUAGAGGCUCAGUUGUUGUUGCUGCCACUUCGACCGCCUGUACUUCAGAGUCGGCAUGGGUACUUGAUUCAGGAGCCUCCUUUCAUGUCACAUCUGAUCAGUCAAAGUUGGCUUCUACUACACCUGUCACAGAUGGUGCUUCAGUGCAGACAGCUGAUGGACCUUCGCACAGGGGAAGUGAUUGGGACUGGCCGUCGCAGUAGAGCUGCUCUUCGCCUCUACAUCUUGGACUCUUUGCGGCUUCCUUCCUUGGCUACAUCUCCAGCUUAUGUGCUUUCAGCUACCCUUGCUUCUGUUGCGUCUUUUGCCCAGUGGCAUCAUCGUCUAGGUCAUCUGUGUGGAUCUAGAUUGUCUACUCUAAUAAAGUCAAGUUGCUUAGGUCAUACUUCGGUUGAGUCUGAUUUUCAUUGUAAGGGUUGUCAUCUUGGAAAACAAAUACAACUUCCAUAUUUUACUAGUGAUUCUCAUUCUGUUGAACCCUUUGAUUUGGUUCACUCUGAUAUUUGGGGUCCUGCA